UCGCCGCUUCCAAUCCCCCCUCUCUCCUCUCCUCUCUUGCGUUUCUUCCCUCUCGGCUUCUCCUCCCUCUCUCUUGACGGCGAGCGGCUAUGGCGACGGUGCAGGCGGUGGCCAAAGGGACCCUGGUCUCGCCGUGCGGCAACCGGGCCGCAGGAUUUGGUGCCCGGCGGCGCGGUGCCGUGGCGGCCCGCAUGUCGCCCUGCGCGCCGGCGGCGGUGCAGAUCGGCAGGAAGAGCCUGUUUCUUGGCGCCAGGCUCACGGUCGGUCCCAGGAGAACGAAGCUCGUUCCUCGGAAUCUAGUCGCCUCACCGAUGCAGAUGAAUCUUGCGUUUGCGAAAUCCACCAAGUGGUGGGAAAAGGGUCUGCAGCCCAACAUGAGGGAGAUUGAGUCCGCCCAGGACCUCGUCGACUCGCUGGCCAACGCCGGCGACAGGCUCGUCGUCGUUGACUUCUUCUCCCCUGGCUGCGGCGGCUGCCGUGCCCUCCACCCCAAGAUUUGCCAGUUUGCUGAACAGAACCCAGAUGUGCUCUUCUUGCAAGUGAACUACGAGGAACACAAGUCCAUGUGCUACAGCCUCCAUGUCCAUGUUCUGCCCUUCUUCAGGUUCUACAGGGGAGCCCAGGGCCGCCUCUGCAGCUUCAGCUGUACUAACGCAACCAUAAAGAAGUUCAGGGAUGCGCUUGCCAAGCACAAUCCGGAUAGGUGUAGCAUUGGCCCAACCAGGGGCCUCGAGGAGUCUGAGCUGCUGGCCUUGGCUGCGAACAAGGACCUGGAAUUCACCUACACGAAGCAGCCAGAACCAGUUCCGAGUGGAGACAGGGAGGUCAUUGCUCCUGGGAGCCCAAGGCUUCCUCCACCGGCAAAACCAUUGGUUCGGCAGGGGUCCGGAGAGAGGACUUGGUCUCAUCAGGAAGAUGAGAUUGUGAUGUGACGACGGUCUAAAUGGGAUCGCGUCCAUCGGUUCUCUGUACAGUUUCUCGAUUGUUGUUGGUGUGUACAGAUUGUACUCUCUCAUGGUUGUGUAGAGUGCAGGCUUGAUAGAUUUUUACUACUUGUCAAGCCUGCCCCGCCUGUGUCUGCUAGAAGCGUAGAAGUAGAAGCAAUACUGUAGUAGUACCAGCAAGUAUUGUGGGUAAUCCUCUGCCAGUAAAUUGUAUGGUAGCUGAGUUAAUUUGAGUGCCAAUAUAUUCAGUUA